UUCAACUAUUUAAAUUCUGAUCACUUCCCAACAAUUCUUCAAAACACAUUCAAUUCCUUCCUUCAAAAUUCCAAAACCCUAACUCUCUCUGAUCAUCUCUUUCUCUCUCAAUCUUUGCUCUCAUGGCUACUCUCAAUGAUCGUUACAUGACCGUCUACCAAGCUAAGCUAGCCCUAUCUGCCAAUCGCUACCCCGAUAUGGCUAAAGCAAUGAAGAAAUUAGCAGAAUUCGAGGUGGAUUUCACAGAAGAAGAGCGUAAUCUUCUCUCGAAAGCGUACAAGAAUGUCAUCGGACAUAAGAGAAAAUCUCGGAGAACCUUCUGCGACAUGGAGAAGAAGGAAAAAGACCACACCAACUUAAUGCGUAUUCGAGAAUAUCGCCUUAAAAUCGAGUCUGAAAUUACUGAUCACUGUAACGAUGCUAUCAAGAUGAUUGAUGAUCACCUUCUUCCUUUUGCUUCAACAACUGAAUCUACCAUCUUUUUCAUAAACAUGAAAGCCGAUAAUUAUCGGUACUUAGCAGAAAUCAAAUCUGGUGACGAGAGGGAAGAAGCUGCUGAAAAGUCCUUGAAAGCUUAUGAAGAAGGAAUAGCCAUAGCAAUGGCGGCUAAGUUGUCGGUUGCUCAUCCUGCACGAUUGGGGUUAGCAUUGAAUUUGUCUGUUUUCUACUAUGAUAUUAUGAAUUCUUGUAAAAGGGCGUGUACUUUUGCUAUGGGAACUUAUGAUGAAGCUACAUUGGAAUUGAUUAAGAAAAGGGAUUAUCCUAUAGAGUGCAGUAUUAUCAUGCAGUGUUUAAGGGAUAAUGUUUCGUUCUGGGCUCUGGAACUGGAGAAUUAUCCAAACCGACUUUGCUGAUGAUCUUCUUCAUCUGCUGAACUUCAAAUUUUUUUAAUCUUUUAAUUGUUGGAUUAAUUAGAUUGAUACUGCUUUGUAAUUAAUUAUCUCGUUCAUCAUUGUCUGAUAUUAUGUUGGUAUAAGUUGAAUAAAAGUAAGACUAUGAAAAUUAUUAGCGGGAAA